AUGGUGGGUUCUUCGCAAUCCAACCGUUCGGGUUACAAUAAGAAUGCGAUUCGGGUACACCACGGUGCAGUCGAUCAGACGACUGUGACGACUGGUUCGCCACCGGAAGUGAUGGCCCAUGUGACGAAGGUGCUCUUAGAUAUGGGCUUAGAAGUCCAACAAGAGAGCGAGUAUAAGUAUCGUUGUAUUCGUUCGAAGAGGAAGAAGGUCGCUGCAAGUUCAGGUGUGGGUAGUGUGACUGCAUUAUCAAUGAUGCCGUCUCCGGCGUCGCACGAGCCGAUCUUCGGUGAUCGUACGGAAGACCAGGGCGACGAAGUCCGAUUCUCUGUGGAGCUGACACGUAUUGAUGGAUUGCAGGAUAUGUUUAGCAUUGAUAUUCGUCGGUUGAAGGGAAAUUUGAGGAGUUAUAAGUUUUUGUAUGAUACGUUGAGAGAGUGA